AUGUCUCGGGACCAUCAUCGACGGCAUUCUCGGGAUCUAUCGAAGCAGACGAAAUACAUCGAAUUAGCGCUUGUUGGAGACUACGAAUAUGUGAAGCAGCACGGUUUUUCAGACGAAGAUUCUCUAACGUACAUGCUUGAAGCGGUGAAUAUCGCCGAUUUGAUGUUUUCGAGGGAUCUCAAUGUUCGGUUAUCGGUGGUGUAUGCAGAAAUUUGGCUUGAUGUUCAGCGAGUAGACCUUUUUGAAGACAUCGAGAGGACUAUGAGUGGAGUCGUCGACUACUCAACGGGGCACAUUUACAACAUUGCCAAGGAUGCUACUGUUAUGUUCACCGGUGGUUCCUUUGCCAAUAACGAAGCCGUGAAUGCGGUAUUCCGGAGUAUAUGUACAGCAAGGUCCACUACGAUUGUGAAGGUAACUUUUUUGAAGGUUUCUUUUCUGUUAAUUCCGAAGGCUUUUGUAGAUAAAGUGCAGAGCGUGAACAUCAGUUCAUACUUCAGUUUUGCGCACCACUUCCCUCUUCCUCGAGAGAAUUCUCUUUUAAUCUAUAUUUACCAUUUAUUACCACAGAGUCUUGACAGUUAUUAUUUUUACCACCCGAACGUGAAUGAUCGAAAGUUUAUUUAUGUUUGUUCAAAUUGCAAGGUUUCAAAAGCUUCGAAGUUCUGGAAUACUGUGGGUCUAGCAAGCUUGUAUAAGUGCAUGCCAACUGCAGGUUCUGAGCUUCUGCUGCAGAGGCAUAAUACUUAG